CGAAAGACCACUGGCAUAGACUGCACAAAGAGAGACCGAGACACUGGAACCCUCCCGCCAGCCGCAGCAUCACUGAUUCCCCGGACAAACAUCCUCACCUUCAGACACAAGACCACAGGACUGAUCAACAAGACCCGCAGGAGGCGACAUAUAUCUGAGACAGAUCCUCCCACAGCAGAGAUGAUGCCAGUCUGUACCGUGCUGGAGAAGCGUAGCGGCAUGGUGGUGGGAGCUGAGCUGACAUGUAGCGUGCGGGAGGAGAAUAAAGCUCAGAGGGAGAGCUACAGUGCUGACUGGCACAGCGUUAGUCUCAAGACUCAACCUCAGGACAGACAGACCAUGAACAUGAACGAUGACUCCCGAAGGGAAACUCUGUCUCGGCAGUGGCAGGCCCGCUCCCUAAUCCAGACCUGCCCCUCCGGGGUAUUCAGGGUGGGCACGGUGGAAAGAGGGGUGAGGGAGCACCAGCUCCUGCCAAAGAGAAACACCCUCCCCUUGCCCAUCUUCACACCCGCAGAGCUGGGCGUCAGGCUCGGACGCGGGGCCCCGCACACCGAGCAGGACCUGCAGCCAUUUCCCACUCCGGACGGAGUCUGUCCCGGCAAAAGGAGCGUGGACGAGAUCACAAGAGACCUCCCGCCGGUCAAACCGAACCUCAUGGAGUUCGUACCCAAAAUCCUCGGUCGCUCCAUGUCCCAGGAGGCUCAGAGAGGGUGAAGCAGAGGGGGUGUUAGGGGGAGAUGAGAAGGAUGACAGAUGGGAAAGACUAGUCAAUGAGCAGAGUGUGCCAGGAAACAUUGUGACAAGAUGUAUAUAGGUCUAUUUGUUGUGAGAUUCACCAUAAACCCUACAUAAUGUAGAAUUUUAGCACUCUAAAUGUCACGCUUUGUCAUUGGUGGCAUUUGGUGGUUGUGGUGUUAGAAAUGGUCCCGUGAAGGUAUUUGCAUUGCGACUGAGACACACUGUGUGUUCUCAGCUGGGUAAUCCUUCCGUGCGCUGACCCCGCAGGUGCACGACCAUUUCCCUUUUCUUUUUUUAUUGCAUUGAAAAGAGGAAAUAUCAUCGUGAGGUAGAAUAAAUGUGUUCUGGUGAGAUAAAUAGAGGAUCUGCAACAUGCGGUGACAGGCAGAAAAUAAUGUGCAAAGCGAAGCCGGGUGGAAAGUGGAAUAAAGGAUAGAAAGAGGGGAGGAAGAGUCAGAGGGGAAACGGAGGGGUGAGGGGUCGGGGAACAUGCCUCGGACUUGGUCAGUCUCCAGGACUCCAGAAGCUCCUGCCAGACUCUGAUCUGCGUGGAGAGGACAGAAUGCUCUGGCGCAAUCACACACUGCGCUGCACGAAUAUGUGUGUCCUUGUGUGUGCGCGCGCGCGUGUGUGUACACUGACACCUCUAAUCAAAAGAAAACUAAUAACCCACUCUUAACAGUAUAUUAACUGGUCUGCCUUUGUGGUUGAGUGGCAGCUCGUGUUCAUAUCUGAUAGAGGAACUGAAGCUGUCACACUUACGAAUGCAUAAGUUUGUGUAAAUGAAUUUAAAACGUGUGCACUGAAAUAUUUUCGUAGAUAUUUAUUAUUUUUACAAAUAAAAGCUGAACAUUU